AUGGAGAACUCGUCGAUGCUUAGCAGUGUCUCUGGGACCCACCAGAGCACGAGAUCUAGCGCGAUCUGCCAAAACGACAGGCCUGUGGCCUUGUCUCGGGACGGUGGUGACUUUUUGGUGGUUGUUUGUGCUCGAUUGACCGCCAAGGAGCCGAGGUAUAUUUUGAAAAAUGGCCGCGAACAGCCGCAUGCAAGCGCAAUGUGGCCGACAGCGACGCUCAGGCCCCGUACGCGCACACUGAGCCCGUAUAUUGCUAGUGGUAGCAGCAGGGAGAACGGGGCCGGUGACAGGCCAAUGCCGCGGACAGACACGCGCACGCCCAGCAGCACGCCCAGCACAGGCCACGGCAGAAGCACAAGAGCCAGAACGACACAACAGUUCAUUUGGCAAGACGUGUAG